GGCACGGCCCAGGGCCCGAGGAGACACAGGUGGGCCAGAGAGGCAGGAAGAAGUGCUUGGUUAAGGCAUCUGUGGGCUUCUUGGCCCCAACGACCUACCACUUCUGCUUCCCAAGUGCGGAGACUACAGAUGUGUACCACCAUGCCAGGCUUAGGACACGGACUUUUGAGGCUCUCAGAUCCCCACCCCUCAACUCAGCAGCCGUGAUAAGGGGACCCCUGUGAGGAGAUGCUGGCAGAACUAGAGGCCUGCCUACUGCUGGCAGUGGCACUGCUGGGCCCAGGUCUUGGGACCCAGGCCAUGGAAGGUAUCAAAUGUGGGGGUGUACUCUCAGCACCUUCUGGAAACUUCUCCAGCCCAAACUUCCCAAGCCUGUAUCCCUACAACACAGAGUGCAGCUGGUUGAUCGUGGUGGCUGAGGGGUCCUCUGUGCUGCUUACCUUCCAUGCCUUUGACCUGGAGUAUCAUGACACCUGUGGCUUUGACUUCCUGGAGAUCUAUAAUGGGGCCUCAGGAGACAAGGGCAACCUGUUGGGAAGAUUCUGUGGCCAGGUGCCCCCGCCACCCUUUACCUCCUCCUGGCAUGUCAUGUCUGUCGUCUUCCAUUCAGACAAACAUGUGGCCAGCCAUGGCUUCUCUGCAGGCUACCAGAAAGAUGUGUGUGGUGGUGUCCUGUCCGGUCUGUCAGGGGUCCUCAGCAGCCCCGAUUACCCCAACAACUACCCCAACAAUGUGGAAUGCCACUGGCUGAUCCGUGCCUCAGGGACUGCUGCUGUCAGGCUGGUGUUCCUGGACUUCCAGGUGGAGGGCAGUGAGGAGUGUGCCUACGACUAUGUGGCUGUGCUUGGAGCACCGGGCCCCACUCAUGGGCACCACUACUGUGGCCGCACCAGGCCCCCCACCCUUGUGUCCCUGGGCCAUGAGUUGCAGGUAGUCUUCAAGUCUGACUUCAACAUUGGAGGUCGGGGCUUCAAGGCCCACUACUUCUCAGGAGAAUGCCAGGAGGUAUACACAGCUGUGCGUGGCAACUUCUCUAGCCCACACUACCCUAGCUCCUACCCCAACAACAUCCAGUGCCACUGGACCAUCCGCCUGCCCCUUGGCUACCGGGUCAAGAUGUUCGUCCUGGACCUGGGCCUGGAAGAGCCUAACAGCCUGACCAGAACCUGUGACUUCGAUCAUCUGACAGCCUUUGAUGGGGCUAGUGAGGAGGCAGCACUGCUGGGGAAGUGGUGUGGCCACCACCUGCCACCACCUGUCAUCUCAAGCCACAACCAGCUCCUGCUUGUGCUGCACACAGACCGCAGCACCUCUGGCAGGGGGUUCUCUGUGGCCUACAUUGGAGUGGUACCUAUCAAUGUGAGCUGCUCCAGGACAGACUUCCAGAUCCUGAUCUCUGCCCAGGCACUGACCCCACUGGAGUGGACCAAGGUUUACCUGGGCAGCCGGAGCUGUACCGCCCAAGAAGUUGGCAGCAACUUCCGGAUCCAGGCCCACUUUGACACAUGUGGCACUGAGUCUCAGAGAAGAAACAACACCUCAGUGAUCGUCAGUGUGCUGUAUAUCGACUUCUCUGUUGCUGGACAUGCAGACAUCCACAAGUAUGAGGUGCGCUGUGAGCCGAGGCGCAAGGAAGCAUCUGUCCACCUGCUGUCAGGCUCCGACUGGCUCCGGCCCUAUGCUGCCACUGCUGAGCACCUUCAGGAGGCACCACCCAGGGAUGAGGAAGAGGUCCUGGAGGGCCCAGGGGCCAUGGUGGCCCAGGACACCAGUGACAUUGUCUUCCUGGGACUCUGCAUCUUGGCUGGAGUCUUCAUGGUCAUUGCCAUUGUGGUCCUGAUGCUGCUGUAAGUGGGUAGGAUGGAGGACCUGGCAUCCCUAGGAGGCAGCUUCAGAAACCAUAGUAGGGGCAGGAUGGGGCUUGCUGACGUGCUGACCAUGGGCAAGUCAUGGUCCUCUCUGAGUCUCUGUUUCUAGGGA